CGCGAUUAAUAUUGAAAUUCAAUCUUACAGAGAAAGAUUCUUGUCUCUUUUUGAUAAAUCCUCGGAGGAGGAAUCUGUGACUCUGUCGGUUUUUUUCGUUGUUACAAGAGCUGAGAAUCUGUGAUCAAUUCUCAAUGUGGAGUUCGAUUGAGAAUUUGAAGGAGAAUUUGAACAAGAUCGCGCUCGAUGUGCACGACGAAGAAGAUGAUGAAGAUCUCUCCAUGUAUGGUUCCACCAAUGUCGACGGUGAUUUUAUGGAGUCUGAUCGGAGGACUUCUAAUGGCUUUAGGUAUUCCAGGUCCGUAUCGAGGUCUCCGAUGACCAAUGGCGUCGAACCGCCUGUUAAUACUGAGAUUGAGAGAUAUAAAGCAGAGAUCAACAAGCUCCAGGAAUCAGAAGCAGAAAUCAAAGCUCUGUCUGUUAAUUAUGCGGCUCUAUUAAAAGAAAAAGAGGAUCAGAUAACCAGAAUGAACCAGGAGAAUGGCUCAUUGAAACAAAAUUUGACUUCAACAAAUGCCGCUCUUAAAGAGGCUAGAAUGGAUCUUUCCAGGGCAUCAAAUAACAAUGCUAUCAAGGGAAACAGUAAUCAUUCACCCGGCAGGUCACAAAAAUCCCCUACAAAUUGGAAAAGUCGAAACCAUAUGUACAAUGGCAUUGCCUCGAAACAAAACGGGACUGAGAACGGUUCCGAUUCACAUAAAAAGGAGCAGGAAGUGCCAAAAAAUUACCUUUGUGUGUUCUUCUGGCAGCACGCACGCGGAACUCUAAACAACAAUCUGAUUGCCUUUCAGGAGUUUGCAGAUAUGCUUGAAGAGAGAACCAGGUCCAUGGCAUCUGCUCAGGCUAGAGAGCUUGAGAAAGAGCGAGAAAAAUCAGCAAAUCUGCAGAUUUCGCUACAAGAGGAGCGGAAACAAAAUGAGUCUUUCAAGAAGGAACUCCAAUCUCUGAGGUUAGAUAAGGAAAAAACGUUCAUGGAGAUUAGCAAAGUACGUAGUGAGUUGGAUGCAAAAGUAGCUGAAACCAAGCAACUGCAGAUGAAGUUGAAUGGCUGGGAGCAGCAGGCCAUUGGAAUUUCCAUUGAAAAUCUAAAAGAGGCUAACAAAUUUCUGGAGAAGGAAAAUAAUGAGCUUAAGUUGAAACGAAGUGAACUAGAGGCUUCUUUAGAAGCUAGCCGGAGGUCAACAAGUAGCAAAUUCUCCCCAGAGGGCACAGAUGCUCUUAGUAGACAUCCUACUAGUCUGGACAAGGAGAGGCUUGCAAGCUUCCUUGGGAAAGAAGAUAUGGAAAAAUCUUUGCAGAUGUUGGAAAAGGAUCUGCAGGAAGCACGAAGAGAAAAAGAUAAGGCACGGCAAGAACUAAAGCGGCUUAAACAACACCUGUUAGAAAAGGAGACUGAGGAGUCAGAGAAAAUGGAUGAAGAUAGUAGAUUGAUUGAAGAACUCCGCCAGACUAAUGAAUAUCAAAGGUCUCGGAUACUAGGUUUGGAAAAAGCUCUUAAGCAGGCAAUGGCUAAUCAGGAGGAAAUCAAAUCGAGCAACGACCAUGAAAUCCGGAAGUCAAAGGGUAUAAUUGAAGACUUAAAUCAAAAGCUUGCAAAUUGUUUGAGAACGAUAGAUUCCAAAAAUGUGGAACUUCUAAAUCUUCAAACUGCUCUUGGCCAGUACUAUGCUGAAAUUGAAGCUAAGGAGCAUUUUGAAAGAGAGCUUACAGUGGCUAAAGAAGAAGCGAUGAAACUUGUAGCACGUUUGAAAGAUGCUGAUGAGCGGUUAGAGUCAUCAAAGAAAGAAAAGGAGGAAGUAACAUCGAAGCUGUUACACGCAGAAAAAAUUGCAGAAGAAUGGAAAAACAGAGUAAGCAAGGUUGAAGAAGACAAUGCAAAAGUAAGGCGUGUUCUUGAGCAGAGCAUGACUAGGCUCAAUAGAAUGUCAAUGGACUCCGAUUAUCUCGUUGAUAGGCGUAUUGUUAUCAAGUUACUAGUUACAUACUUCCAGAGGAAUCACAGCAGAGAGGUUUUGGACCUAAUGGUUCGAAUGCUGGGAUUCUCAGAGGAAGACAAACAGCGAAUAGGAUUGGCACAGCAAGGAGCCGCCGGUAAAGGUGUUGUUAGAGGCGUGUUGGGCUUACCGGGCCGCUUAGUCGGUGGCAUCUUAGGCGGUGGUGGUGGUUCACCGGAUUCACAUCCUAAUAUCGCUUCAGAUAAUCAGUCUUUUGCAGAUAUGUGGGUCGAUUUUCUUCUUAAAGACGCGGAAGAGCGAGAGAGAAGAGAAGCAGAAGAUGCAGCGAUCAAAGAUAAAGAGAAGACUAGUACGCAGAGACCAACCUAUGAGCAAUCUGAUUCGGAGUUUUCAACGGUGCCUCUUACAUCAUCGGAUAGUAAUCACAAGCUCUCGAGAUUACUCACUUGACCUCUGAAGACUAGUAUGGGUAUAUACACGUUUUAUAGGAAUCUUAAACCUGAAUGUCUUGCUUUUUUUGUGUUGUAAUUAUCUCUCUCACACAUUUUUAUUCCAUUAAUUCUUUAUUAUAUAUACCAUUGGUU